AUGUUGUCAAGUUUUAGACCAGCUACUCGACUGCUGGCUCGUCAAGGCCAGGCUCAAUCCGUGGUUCGAGCUGCAUAUGCGUCCACUUGGAGCAAUGUGCCGCAAGGUCCUCCUGAUGCCAUUCUAGGUAUCACAGAGGCAUACAAAGCGGAUAGCUUUUCGGAGAAGAUCAACCUAGGCGUAGGCGCAUAUCGUGAUGACAAGGGUAAACCAUACGUCCUCCCAUCCGUUCGUACUGCCGAAGAGAAGGUCAUCUCAUCUCAGAUGGACAAGGAAUAUGCUGGCAUCACUGGUGUUCCAGCUUUCACAAAGGCAGCAGCUGUCCUGGCUUAUGGUGCAGACUCGGCAGUCAUCAAAGAGGAUCGUGUCGCUAUCACACAGUCGAUAUCCGGUACAGGUGCACUCAGAAUAGGAGGUGCUUUCUUGGAACGAUUCUAUCCACAUGGCAAAUCCAUCUACAUCCCAACUCCUAGCUGGGCAAACCACAAGGCAGUGUUUAGCGAUUCUGGUCUCGAGGUGAAGCAAUAUAAGUACUACAACAAGGACACUAUUGGUCUUGACUUCGAUGGUAUGGUUGCCGACCUCAAGGCCGCCCCAAACAAGUCGAUUAUUUUGCUCCACGCCUGCGCACAUAACCCGACCGGUAUCGAUCCUACCCCCGAGCAAUGGCAGCAGAUCAGCCAGGUUGUGAAGGAGAAAGAGCACUAUCCCUUCUUCGACAUGGCAUACCAAGGCUUCGCAAGUGGUGACACCGACAGAGACGCCUAUCCUGUCCGACUAUUCAUCGAGCAAGGUCAUGGACUUAUCUUGAGUCAGAGUUUCGCAAAGAACAUGGGUCUGUACGGUGAAAGAGUCGGAGCUUUCUCGAUCGCUUGCGAGUCUACCGAAGAGAAGAAGCGUCUCGACUCUCAGAUCAAGAUUCUUGUCCGACCUCUCUACUCCAAUCCUCCUGUCCACGGUGCACGUAUUGCCUCCACCAUCCUCAACGAUCCAGCCCUCAACAAGCAAUGGUUGGGCGAGGUCAAGGGUAUGGCCGACCGUAUCAUUGAGAUGAGAGCUCUACUGAAGAAGAACCUGGAGGAGCUUGGGAGCAAGCAGAACUGGGACCACAUCACGAAUCAGAUUGGUAUGUUCGCAUACACGGGUCUCAAGGCCGAGCAGAUGGAUAAACUUGCCAAAGAACAUUCUGUCUAUGCUACUAAGGACGGUCGAAUUUCGGUUGCUGGUAUCACGUCAGGAAACGUCAAGCGUCUUGCUGAGUCCAUCUUCAAGAUAACUGGCUAG